AUGACCAAUAACAUGACUUUUUUGAAGGGGGAGCAUGGCAAAAUACAGAAAUGUAAACAUGUUUCCAAAAGGUCUACACUUUGCUGCUUAUUUUUUCAGGUUGUGUUUGGAGAAUGUUUCCUAUUGGUUAGUAUGGGUUUCCUGUGUUCUUUCAACCUGCUGUGUGUGCUAUGGGAUGACUCUGGUCGUUUUUUGUUAGUGAACAUUUUUCAGUUGCUUCUAAUUUUUAUUAUAAAUGAUGUUCCAGUGAACACUCUUUUAUAUGUCCCUGUAAAUGUGCAUGACUUUUUCAAGAGUAGAUACCAAGUGGUGGAAUUGCUGGAUAAAUUCUGUGCAUUUUUAAUUUUAAUAGACCCUACCAAUGGUGCUUCCAAGUGGCUGACUACUUUCCCCUCUAAUACACUAUGGUUGGUAAUGUAUGAGAAUACUGCUUUUUUCUCUUUUAUCAGACUUAAUUUUGGUUAA